AUGGCGACGUUGACGAGACCAAGAUCUACAGAAGAAACGGCCCCGACGGUGCUGGCGGGUGUACCAGCUCCGUUUCCUGUUCACGAGAUCCAGAGGAGUAUCGAGAACCCGUUUGAGGGCCAGGCAGACGGUGUAGAGGACGAUGUUCAAUCAUCACAGCCGCUGCAAGAAGAGAUGCACGAGGGACAUAAAGAACAAGGCCUGAACGAGCUGCUACCGUCAAUAUCGAAUCUGCAGAGGUCGUGCUUGAUGACCUUGAACAACCUGCUAGAGUCUGAUUCGGACCAAUGGAGGUCAAUUGUGCCAGACAGACGACAUUCUAUGCCCAAUUCAGCCGGAAGUUCCAGUUUUCAGCAACCCGAAGCAUCUUCCUCAUCAUCCGCACUUCAGACACUCCUUUCCAACCUUCGAACACGGCUCCCCGACGACAACAUGAUCGAAAUACGUUCGUCAGAGACGGACACCGAUCUGCUGUUCGAGCUCAGGGAACGGAUAGGCCAGCUGUCACCCACCUUAUCUCCUCGAGACGCGGCUUUAGCCAAAUCUCUUGUCACACUGCUUUCCUAUUUCGACCGAUUGUCAACUAUCCAGACAAGCACUACGCCCCAGCCUUCCGGUACCCCAAGUCGAUAUGUGAACGCUCCGCCACCGAUUGACGUGUUCGACGCGCUCACCCGACAUCUAAACGACGUCCAACUCGACCGACUUGCGUCCCAAACCCCUUCAGAGGUCGAGUCGACUAUCCUGUGGACCCAGAUCGACCGAGAGCUGGAGAACGUGGUCACCAUGUGCAAGGAGCGUACGGAGGGCCUGCCUCGGUUCUACCAGGAAAACCUUCCACCGCAGUACGACUUUGAUGAACUGUAUGAUGUGGAGGCGCUCCCCGAAUACGAUGGCACAGGUCGACUAUCUCUUGAUGAACACAAGUCAUCUACUAAGGCAGCAGAAGAUGCGCUCAGUCGAGCCAGUACUCGCAUCAACGACGAAAAGAUGCGCCUUGACCUGGAGGGUGUGGCUAUGGCUAUCGACAGACUUUAUCUCGUUGCCCCACAGCUACACAACCAACGCGUGGAACUGAAAACCUCGAAGAUGGAGCGGCUGGCAGAGCUUGAGAAAGCCAGGAAGGCAGCGACGGCACCGAGGUCGAAGAAGGGGAAGGAGAAGGAUGUUCGGGAGCUGGAGAGCAUCCUGGAGAUGCUCGGCAAGGCCUCGGAGCGGACACUGAAGGAUCAAGCGGUCGUUUUGGACGGUGGGAUGCAAAGUAGACUUGAGAGGGCCAAGGAGCGAGAUCUUGCGAAACGAGACGCCUUUGUUGAGGGCCUCCUGAAGCAUUCAGACGCUGGUCGCAUGCAUGCACAGGAUGCUGUUUUACAGCCUAAAGUCAAAGACCCACAAGCUAUGCUCACACUACCGGAAUUCAUUCGAGAAGCGAUACCUCCAGACUCAGAUCUCCUUAAGGACCCUUCAAUCAUGCUCAGCCUACCGGAAUUCGUCGCUCAAGUGCCACCUCCCGAACCACCACCCGAAGAGUCAAAGAAAAGUCGACACCGCAGCCUCUCAGCCCCACCUCGAUCGUGGCUUCGGCACUCGAAAUCUGGUCUCAGCCUCAGCAUAUCAUCGUCAAAAAGCGGCUCCGCUUCGAAACAGAAGAACAAGGACUGCACCUUUGAUGUUGUCUACGUCGCGGAAAACCACGAAAACCUUCAUCACGUUCUUGUCUUCUUCACUGUCACCAAACAGAUGCCCGGAGUCGAGCUAACUGCGGAAGUGUUACCACCUUUCCCUGAACAUCACUCGGAAGGGGGUGAUCAUUUGAUCAUCCGAAGUGGCCUGCAUGCAUCAUUGCCGCUGAUGCUCCCUGCACGGACGACACCCGGGAAGAAGGAAGUACGCGCUCAGAGCGGACAUUUCGAGAUCAAGCUGCCGACUAUCCGACCGUCGUCCUCGACGACCGAUGACCCGGACGACUCCAGUUCACCGCUUCUAGAUGCCACCCAACUAUCCACACUCAACCCUACAUCUUUCCUCUGCGCUUCGUGCUCCCUCCCCCUCAUCUAUUCCAACAAGGUCAAGUCGUAUCGCGAUCUACCGUCGGAACAUUGGGAAGAACUGGUCGAAGCGUGGAUGUGCCAUGCGGACCAGAAGCUGCAUGAUCAGGUUAUCAAGCAUGGAAAGGCGGGAUUCUGGCCUCAGCCUGACCAAGCAUUCGUCGGUGGGAGCUACAUCCUGUUCGAAGCCGCCGUGAUGGCGCAGCAGAACAUGCUCGCCCCUCAGAACUCUACGAUCCACGAGAACUGGAAAAUGUGCCGAUGUCUGUGCGGAGCUGUCAUUGGGCGGUCGCAGGAUCGGCAGGUCGGGGGUGAUCAGCCCCAAGCCGGCUCGACGACGUGUUUCCGGAUUUUGAAGUAUGCCAUCAGGCCUGUCACUUCGAACCUGAAUGAUAACAACUUGCUCAAGAUCCCGCUGUCGGCAUUCGUAGUGGAGGAUAUGAUGGAGUUUGUCCAGGCUCAUGCGUCGUACCGGUUUGUGAUACGCGAUGAAGAGGAGGAGCGCCCGAGGAUUCUGGUGUGGCUGUUCAAACCACGCAUGCGAUUGGCGUAUACGACCCCCAAAGCCCGGGCUCUUCCCAAAACUGCAUCUAUAACUGCAGCGAAAGUGUUGUACAAGCUCGUCGGACCCGCUGAGGCGACGAAGGAUAUCAAAAGUAUCUUGAAUAAGUACCCUGGGUUCCCUCAAGCUGAAUACCUCUCGUAUCCUAUGGCUGUGUGUCAACGUCUUGCUGCGCUAUUGAAGGAGAGCAAUACGGCUUAUCCGGAGGGUUUGCGAACGAUGACUGGUUUGGAUGUUGGUUGGCUUCAUCGACGUUGA